GUGUUUACGUGCCAUGGGAAUUACAGCUCAUUUUGUAAUUCUCCUGUUUUAUUACGUGCCAUAUAUAUAUAUAUAUAAUUGGCAGUUGAAAUAUAAUAUGUACCCGUCACGCAAAAAGAAAUUAUGAUAAAAACAAAUCAUUUAAAGCCACAUGUUAUCUUUUAUUAUGUCUUCUCAGAUGGCCUGGGACAACCACUGGUGAGAGGGUUACAUCAAGGGCCAGUUAAAGACACCCCGCUCCAUAUGGCCAGCGAUGGUGGGAACCUCGAUACUGUGAAACAGCUCAUGAAUGGUGAUGAAAUAGACAUCAACACCCGAGGUUUGUAUGGACUGACACCAUUGAUGUUGGCUGCAUUGAAAGGGCACCAUGACGUCUUUGAAUAUCUUCACAAACGAGGAGCUGAUAUGACACUAACGGACCGUGGUGGUGACCACAUUCUUAGCAUGGCCAGUGUCGGGGGAAAUAUGGACAUUGUAAAAUAUGCGGUCACAGAAAAACCUUACCUGAUCAACCGAACAAGAAAUGACGGAAGAACCUCCUUAAUGUGGGCAGCAUGGCACGGGAGGGAAACCAUAUUUGUGUAUCUGCUGGAUAAUGGGGCUGGCUAUAUGUCUAUGGAUAAUGAUGGGGACAACAUCCUUCACUAUGCCUCUCAUGGAGGACACACUGUAAUCGUGGAGAAGGUCCUCGCUGAUUCAAAGAUUGACGUCGACAGUAGUGACAGAUAUGGAAGGACAGCAGUGAUGGAGGCAGUAAAGCAAGGAUAUGAACAGGUGUUUGACAUACUUGUCGGAUAUGGAUGUGACAUAUCACACAUAGAUAACGAUGGUAACAAUGUACUCCAUGUGGCGUGUCGUGGAGGACAUGUAGCGAUGGUGGAGCAUGUCCUCUCGCAGACAAAUGUUGACAUCAACAGUAGGGGGAAGGAUGGGGCAACACCUCUGAUGUUUGCAGCACGUGGUAGACACAGAGGUGUGUUUGACCUGCUUGUGGCAAAGAGAGCUGAUGCAUCACUACUGGAUGACAAGGGGAACAACAUCCUACACGUGGCUUGCAUGGGAGGACAUGUAGGCAUGGUGGAGCAUGUCCUCUCACAGGAUAUGGUGGACAUCAACAGUCAAGGACGACGUGGGAGAACGCCACUGUUAUGGGCAGCAUUGAGGAAACACAGUGCAGUGAUUCGGUUACUGCUGGGUCAAGAUGCUGAUCUAUUACAAUUGGAUGAUGACGGAAACAACAUCCUGCAUGUAUCCUGUGAAACAGGAAAUGAGGAAAUUGUGCGGGUUGUUCUGUCACAGAAUAAGCUUGAUAUCAACGCACGGAAUGGUCGUGACGAAACAGCCUCCAUGAUUGCAAAACGUACACAUCAAAAUAAUUUACAUGAACUGCUCCUUCACAAUGAGGUCAAGAACUGAGAAAUCCUCAUUACCAACACUGAAGUGUUUUUUCCAGAGAGUCGAAGUUUAAGGUCGCUGAAAAAUGUGGCGGUGGGUAGGUACGUAUAAAUCGAGCUCCAUGUGAUAAUUUGUCAACCUAAAUCUGCGACCGCAGGAGUAUCAGACCCACAUUAAAUGGAACGCUAAUGUUGCGUGUUUGUUGCUGAGGAACGAGUACCAAGCACUGUCUACACAAUUUACAUGUCGCCUCUUAAACGUAAUCAUCAGCCUCAAUAUUCCGUGUUAUAGUAAAUUGUAGGAAAUGUGGAACUUGUGUAGAGUAAAGCUUAUGUUGGAUAGUCUGGUGACCUUUCUGUCUACUCAAGUUAUGGCGACUGUAGGGAGCCCGAGAAUGUCUUGAGUGUUCUAUCAGUGAUGAGUGAAUAAGAUAAGUGCGGAUGGAACGGUGCAGAGAAAACAGAAAAGACAACAUUGUGAGAUGAUUAGCUUCUCAUGAGGAUAUGAAGUUCUUUUGUAUCUUAUUUUUUAGUUUUUUGUCUGUUGUUGUUCUUGUGUGUGUUUUUUUGCUACUUGAUGUUUGUGUUUUGCUUUCUUUAAGCUAUAGUUUAAUGACCCAAAAGGUCAAAUGAAGUUGUUUGCUUCUUUCACAUUUCAUGCUUUUGUGUCAGCUCCAUACCCGUGCUCCUGGCUAUCACCAAAACUUGGACUUUCCU